CCCAGCUCGGGUCGGCCGAGCGCAAAUGCGCUCUCUACGUGCUGACAGCCGCGUCUCGUACGAGCUGACCGAGCGUCUCGUUCGCGUCACGAGCGCGUCACCGUGAAACCGUCGGGGACCGUUGGCAGCGGGAGAUGUGCCCGUCGUGAGGCCGCCCCCGGUAACGGAAGGACCGUCUAUCCACACGCUCUCUCUCUCUCUCUCUCUUUCUCUCUAUCUCCUUCUCUCAUCCUUCGUUUUGUUAUUGUGUGCGUGCGUGCCUGUGCGUGAGAACCUCUCUGUUCCACGCUGCUUCCGUCCCCGUCUCUCUGUCUCCCUCUGUCGUAAGCCGACCAGACCGUGGGGGGUUAAAAGUGGCGCGAGGAGACCCAGACCGGAGACUGGCGGCGUUCGGGGCGCUGGUGGAGCUGGUGCACGAGAUCAGGAUGAAAUCGAGGAGCGAUAUAGCUGUAUCGAUCUUCCAUCAAGAUCCUCAAAGUUACGACCUCGUUAUCGAAGGUACGUCCGCAUAAGAUCUUGGGAAAGUUUGUCGUUGGCGGCGGAGGAUUGACAGCCUCCGGCAGGACAGGUACCGAGGAAGGCAAUAAGUCCAGGAGGCGAAGGCGGAUCAGGUGCAAGCUACCAAGGAGGGCCUAGCACCUGGCUGUUAGAAGGUCUUGAAAGGGGGGGGUGACGGGCAACAGCACCUAAGGGCGGGUGGGGGGGAUGCAGCUCGAAAGGGUGGCGGCAUGGAGGAGCCCUCGCUGGAGGCUCUCAUGCAGGCGGGCCUCAUCUUCGUGGUCGGUGUCGCCAUCAUCCUCUCGAAUCUCCUCAUCAUCGCCACCUACCUUAAUUUCCGUGGUCCCUCCGAGGUGAUAAACUAUUACUUGCUGUCUCUCGCAUCGGCGGACCUUCUUUGCGGUCUGCUGGUGGUUCCGCUCUCGGUGUAUCCGGCGCUGGUACGAAGAUGGGUCUAUGGGGACAUCGUGUGUCGUCUCAUUGGUUAUUUGGAGGUUACUCUCUGGGCGGUAUCCGUCUACACCUUCAUGUGGAUCUCAGUGGAUCGUUACUUGGCCAUCAGAAAACCAUUGCGAUACGAGACCGUGCAAACGAAGACCCGUUGCCAAUGCUGGAUGGUCUUCACGUGGAUCAGCGUGGCGAUGAUGUGUUGCCCGCCUCUGCUCGGUUUCCAAAAGCCCAUUUUCGACCGGGAGGCGUUCAUCUGUAUGCUGGACUGGGGAAACAUGGCCGCGUACACCAUCACCCUGUCGAUCCUCGUUCUAGGCCCGUCGGUCAUCACCAUCGUCUACACUUACUGCUACAUCUUCACGAUGAUGAGACGGCUGAGGUCCGGCGUGCUGAUCCACGACAAGGAGUACGCCACUGCGCUCUCGGAAAACUUGAGCAAUCCGAGUCACAUCAUGUCUUUUGUCCUGGUGAUGACUUUCUGGGUCUCCUGGGCACCGUACGCGGGUCUCCAGAUAUACGCUGUCGUUAACGGACCGCCUCAGGUACCGUUUCUGCACUUUGCGGUGGUGUGGCUGGGGGUGACGAACAGUUUCUGGAAAGCGGUGGUCCUCGGAACCCUGAGCCCCCAGUUUCGGUUGGCGGCUCGCGUCCUCUGUCUGACGUUGUGCUGCCGGCACAGACGACUUCCGCCGGAGCUGCUCGGCCUCGACGACGACGAUUAAAAGCCAAACGCCUACGUGAACAAGAGGGAGACGCUUUUCUUUGCGCGCGAGCGUUCUACACGCGCCUCAUUCCUAGAGCAUCGCUUUCUAUCGCGGUUCGAGGUCGUUCUUGCAUCCGCCGCCGUUCACUCGGAGUCUUCUUCGAGGGCUGAGACUGAGAUUCUUUGUUCCGAAAAACCGCCACGAUCGUUCGACGGCCAUUGAAAGAACGUCGUCGCGUUCAGAACGGGAGGUAAUAUUUUCGAAGCGAAUAACGAUCCAAACGGUUGCUCAUCGCGGGAACUAUCCGGCUCGGAAGAGUUCUUCAAUUCGCGGCUUACGGCAUCAGCAUACUUUAGACGCUUCGAACGUUCCCCGCCAUUUACGCGCCGAGUUGUCUAGUUUCGGAUAAGACAUUUUUCGAGCCUCGAGGUACGCGCGUUCCUAGUCGAUCGAGUACAAUAAAACGCAUCUCCCUAUCAACGAGAUUAUCGAACACGCUACUGAUAAUAAAACCGAGACUUGAAAGACUAAAUUUUAACGUUCGUUCUUGAAUUCUAUUUAGACGAGUUCGUACACCGAUUUUAUCGAGCCUCGUCGCGCGAAACAACCGAAACGGAGGAGAACACGAAACUAAAAAAAAAACAAAAAAAAAAGAAUGGUACACGGAUGAGUCUUGCCCGGUGAUAAAGGCACGUUGCUCGCUUCUUUAAGUAUUCGAAAUCACGUAAACGUAUAUAUGUAAGAGCAUUCCCUUUUCUAUACGAUUUCAAGUUAAAUAUAGUCGAUUAUAUAUACACACGCGCGCGCGCAUACACACGUCUACAGUCUAUUAUUAAAGAGUAUUACUAACGGAAGGAAAAAAAUAAACGAGAAGGAACGCCGAUUGAUCGGCUUAGCGAACGGACGAAAGAAAGAAUCGAAGCUCAGCCUGGGCGCGUCGCGCGUUACGAGUCUCUGGCGCGAAUAAACCGUCGACGGAGCUGUCGAAGAACGACUUCGGGUACGCUGACGCGCUUCGGCGUCGUCUACGAUCUUGCUUUUCGCGCGACAACGCCUUCUCUUCUUCUUUCCAUUUUUUUUUUUUUUUUUUUGCUUUUGUCUCUUCCUCGUCGAACCGACGGGGACGCACGCGAUCUCUCUCGCGCGAGCGUUCGCGAAACUAACCGUUGCCUAUCUACGUCGUAAGAUCACGCUCAAUAAGUGUCGUAACGAGUCGCGAGUACGGGGGACGAGCAGUUUACUCCGAUCGCUGGUCGCUCGAUUGGAACGGGUGCGGGUGGGGUUUCGUUACGGCGAGCCGAGUCGAUCGUGUGAAAACGGUGAAGCUGAUGACACAACCGAAAAACAACGGGAAAAUAAAACAAGCAAAAAUAAAAAAAAAUAAUAAGAUAAAAAAAAAAAAUGAGAACACUAGGUCAAUUAACGGAGAUGCCUCUACGAAUGCGACGCCGCGUCGAUCCGCGCGCCCGUAGAACGCCGAUGAAAAUUCGUCGAUGAGGAUCCGAUCGCGGGGUCUCACGCUUUUUUUAACGCGCUUCCUCCUCCACUCGACGACGCGAUCGGUCCCCGUUCCUCUUUCUCUCUCUAUUUCUCUCUCUCUCUUUUCUAUCGCCGAACGUUUAAAGAAAACGCGUGAAAGCGGAAGUUGCAACGGCGUAUCGACCCUCUAUAACCACCACUACGAGGUCACGCAACCACCUAUUCGUUAACCCUUGGACGACCACGCGAUUUUAUUCACAAUACGAACUAUCUGUGAAUCGUUUCUCGUUCAUUAGUUGGAUCAUCGUUCGAGAAAAUAAUAGUACAAACACUUCGGAGUAAGAAUAGUUAUUAGAACUUAGCGAUUCGUGGCAAUGAAUAAUUCGUAAUUUAGCUUUGUGUUUUUAAUUUGCUAAAGCAAGUGAAUUCUUGAUAUAGGAUUAUCAAUGAAUCAACGAUCGUCCGUGGGUUAAGUACGAGUUCGUGCUCUCGCAGCUCUGCACCAUAAAGUAAUAGCUACCAAAGAACCUGUUUAUAAAAAUUAUUAGUUAGAAUAACUCGCGUCAUAUUGGAUGAUUGUAAUCUACGUCUGACUGUGCUUAUUCGAUGCGUAUGUAACUAGAUGAUGUUAUCUUCUUCGCCCUUUAAACAGAAAAAGAAAUUGUUAUACGGAAAUGUUACGCGCAAGAAGAUGCAGCUUUUCGUGCGUUAUACGAUUUUUGUCGCGCUUUUAUUAGUAUUUUUGUAUAAUAUAGCUAACGUGACUUUCGUGUCGCAUUGAUUAAAUAUCGAGCACCGCGAGACCACUGAAAGAUGUACGAGACGACAAAAGAAGACUGUGUAGAAAAGAGUGCCGAGAACAUUCCUAAAAUAAAAUCUUUACGAAAGUGAAUUCAAAGGUUUAAUAGAAAUUUAUUUACUAAUUCGACUGCUGCUUGAAAUUUAUAUACAGCCGACGAUUCAACCUACGAUACAUGUAUAUUCAAAUUAUACGUUUAGAACAAUUGCUGUCCCCUCUGUGUAAGUUUGAAUUUUUUCUUUCGCUAACGUACCAAAGAUACAAAUUGUUCUAUUUAACUCCUAAACACACAGUUUUCAUACGAGUGAAAAAUUAAAAUUUACAAUGUCUUAAGAAUUUGAGAAUAUACGAGUACGCGUACGUACGUGCCAGCGUUGUACUCCAUUGUGACUCGAGAGUCGCAAACCCUUCUUACAACGAAAUAUUUACGAAGUGAAAUUCAUCUUUAUAUUCCCCGAUCGAUGGAUAGAAAUGUUUUGGGUUAUAGAGGGUUGAUACACGAAUACGCGUGUCGUAACUACCGCUCGUUGUUUCGCGUGUAUUUAAGAUCGAGCGCGUUUCAAGGCACGUUAAAUCAGAAGUAUUUUUUAAUGUACAAUUUUUCCCUGGAUUUUGUAUAUUUCACGUCAUGAUUUGUCUCUCGAAGAUCAGCUGGAUACGAAAAACUUCGGUGUAUGUAAUAUCGAAAAGAGAAAAUUUUACGUUUGGUGUAGGAAAUGCUUAUCGAAACGAGCCGGAUCGUAAAUACGCGCGAAGCAAGAGGCGCUGUCGCUUGGACACGUUCCUCGCGAUGAUUUUCACGGCUGCACGUGACACGUGUUCACGUGUACGUUAAUACACGUACGCGAUCAUAGCCUCUGAUCGUUACCCUCGGUCGAGAUCGAUUUCGAAGUACGAGCGGGAGCGUCGCUUCUGAGAAUGAUUUAUUGAUCGAGCAGCGAAAUGUGGGUCAAACGUAAAAUUUAAUGAGCACAGGUGUUUCGAUUGAACGGGAUUGCAUUUCGCUUUGAGCGUCGAUGAAACAUUAACGAUGGUUUUUCAUGGUAUUCGGUCCCAUUGUCGUUCGCGAAAACCGAUCCGCGGCACCGCGAAACCGCACAAAAGGGCCAGGCUACGUGGAAAGAAGUUUCUCGUUACGGGGCAGCCCGCUAAAGAAUUCUGUUAAAGGUCAACUAGCGGCGGUGUCGUUCCGUGAAUUCCACUCGACCGCGGGUUCCUUCAUACUGAAAAUCUAAUUUAAAACUCGCCCCGGUUUCUCACUCGAACGGGAAUCAAGGAACGGAACGCGAUACAAGGAGGCGAAAACUUCGCGAAAACGAUUUUCCAUGGGCGGAGAGAAAGCGGUGCUAUAAAUAAAACCGCGCAGUUCAUUUAUACCCCGGCAUUCUAUAGCGAAUUAAGCGUUCCUGGAGCGCAGUUGAGAGCGCCGUGGAACUACGACUCUCGUACAAGGCGUUUCAUAAAACGUGGCCGUAUCUUCGAUAAAUUAAUAAAUUCAUGUUUCGUGCGUUAAUUCUUUUUUAAUCCAAACGAUCUAGCCUAGUUCGAAGGUAUAACAGAAACGAUUGUUUUCUUAAAGGUUUGCGUCUUAAAAUCAUUACUUAUACGAAGACGUCGACUCUGCUCAAAUUUUUACUGGACGUAAGUCAAAGUCUGUUGGAUCAGUUAAUUUUGGACAAAUUAAUUUAUUGAAGAUCGUAGUCCUAGUGUUAAUAUCCUGGUAAGCUGUCUCAGUUUGUGAAACACCCUGUAUGACGUGUCUCGAGUCGCCCUAUUUUAAUAGUGGCACUUACACACCUCGUACAACGUUUACAUAGCGCUAAUAUUUGUACUACUCGGUGCAAACACGUACAAUAUUACGCGAAUGCAUCGAGGAAGAUUAUAAAAAUCAAGUUAAAGAAACGUCUCAAUUAUUACUCAACGAUAUACAAAAAAAAAAUACUUCUAUACAAAUAACAGUUUUUGCCAUGAAAUUUACAGGCGAUAUUCGGGGACAGACGUUCCGGUGAACAUGGGUGUGGAAAUUUUUUAUUUUUUAAAUACAGUGACACGUUGGGCCCCUCGAGCAUUUCGAUUUGAUUCGAGUUACUUUGCCAGCGUGUCUAUAUCGAUAAUAAAUUCACGACAAAUCACGGGGAUUUCGUCGAUUUGCACGCGAGUCCGUCUCGAAAAUUUGGAAUCUUCUCAGAAGCAGAUGCAUCGACGACCAAAUUUGAAAACUUCCGAGGGAUCCUGUCCUCGAUUUACACGACGCGUGUUUCAACAGUGAGAAAAUGUAUUCCCUCGCGAUCUUUUGCUUUCGUCGGCGUUCUUGACUUACGAGGUUACGGGGAGAACAUUCGCCAUUAACAUCAAAACAUUCCCCUGCCGGGUUCUUACUCUCGGACUUGGUAUCGGUGGUCUGAAUUUUACGACCAGCGGGAUUUUCUCACGUAUUUAAGACAUGGUGAUGUCUACAGAAAGGGAGCUCGUUCGAAUCGACGCAUCGCACAAGCGAACCGUGACUUUUGUGUAUCGCGGAAUUAUUGGAAACGAAAAUAUCGGAGAAUAGAAACGAACCUGUUCGUUUGCAAAUGAAAGCGAAAGAGACGUAAAAUAAGAGAAUCUCGUACGUCAAAAACCCACAGAAAAGCUGACGCUUUGACUCUCGACGCGUCGUAAAUAACAAACAUUUAUGGUAGAUCCAUUAAUUUUUCUUGUGGUUGUACUUAUAUGGUGGAUAUAUUUAAUGUUAAUUGCUUUUCAUCCACUUCGAUCAAAUACAUUUUUUUCUAUCGUAUAAUUACGUAAAUCUUUAUGAUUAAUCUUAAGUAAAAUAUUUUCGUUGUCGUUGCUCUCCGAGUGAUAAUUGUCUGUGACACUUAGGUAUCUAAGAACUUGACAGUCGAGUAUGUUCUCGUAAUCACAUCCAUAAUACUGCAAUAAACGAUUAUGCAGGGUAAGAUACUAUGACUGAACAUCUUAAAUAACUCCUUUGUUCUUGACAGUACGGGAAAGAAAUUCGUCGGACGAAAUUCGAAUGCCACGGAACGACAAAUAAAAGAAAACGUUACAGAUGAAAGAGAAAAACGAUCUUGAUACCGUUCGGGACGCGAGAAAACGUAUUUUAACGUCAAAAGUAAAAGACUUAUUUAAGAUAAUUGUAAUAAUUUAAUUAAUUUCGAUGAUAUUUUAGCUGAUAAUCUGUUCUUUCUACUACUGUUUUUUUCUCGUUUGAUCGCUUAACGUUCACGACAGUUAACAAUAUUUUACCUAGCUUAUUUAUGGUUCUGUAUCGGUUAUACUUUCAAAUGUCCGGCUUAGCUCGUGACAGUUAAAAAAUGCAACUCGCGUGCGUUCGAGUACGCGCGAGUCAGAGCGUUAAGCGGUUAAUAAAUCGGAUUAUAGCGCGAUAAUUUAAUAUCGUAAGCACAGCUACUAUAACGAAACAAACAGCUCGACUAACCGCUUACUGUAAACCGCUGUACGGUAAAAUUGGCAACUUAUCGUUCGAAAAAAUAGACAAGGAUAGAGAGAAAGAGAGAGCGAGAGAUAGAGGGAGAGAGAAGCAUGUAAAAAAAUUGCUACCGGCUACACUCGAAAGUGAUGCUGGCGCGAGCAUACAGGCGAAAUCCUGAGAUUUCUGGAUGGUGAACGUUAACCCUUUAAAAAGAAAUCCAUACGCAAAUCGGUGUCUAGAAAGUCUCAGCUUCUACUCUAUUUUUUACUCUAGACUUCGUGUUUUACUAAUCUGUAAGGCUCUUCUAAUAAAUAAAUCGUAAGAGGGCGCUCCGGUUCGGGGUUACAAAUACCAUUAGAUGCGCGACGGUAAUUUAUCGUGUCGUUUUGAUAUAACAGGAUAAUUAAAGGGUUAAGGUGCCCGGAGGUGCUCUGAAAACGCAGAUACUAAGACGCGAAACGUCGAACGUUCCCUCGAUGCUCGUUUCCAGACACGCUCGUACGACACGAUCGGGAGAAAGAGAGUUAGGGAUGACGGGGGAACGUGUCGACGGUGUUCGCCGGUGUUACGAUGUCUUAACUAUAGAACUGAAUCAAAGAAAACUUUCGACUAUGUUAUAAUUGAAACGUUAGCUAUGUAAAUAGCACCCCGGCUAAAA